UGGUUUAGCUUUGCGUAGUUAGUGUCCUGUCCCGUCAAGCACGUCCAUCUCGCAACACGGCGAAGCUCAAUUCUCACUAAGACUUCGUCGAUUUAGGAAACCCGUUCUAUCCUGGCGUGCGGUUGCUUUCGCUUUUAAACUGUGAAAGGCGACGACACAAGACUGUGCAGACGUCGUGUUUUUCCCCUCUGUCAGGGGAAGUAAUUGACAGUUAGCACAAAAGGUCGAGGCAGUUGAAACGCUUACUUUCGAGAAACGGGUAACCCGGCAUCGCCUAUUCGUUUUGGAACUCGGUUUUGGCACAUAUGGCGGUUGCGCUGUUGCUACGCGAGCGUAACCUGGGUCUUGUAACAACGGUUCUGCUUGCAACAGCUGUUUUUACGGCGCGAAUAACGGCCGUCUCCGCACAAGCCUACGACCCUUGCACGGAUAGCCCGUGCACGUACGGCACGUGCAACUGGGACGGCAGCUUCACGUGGACGUGCUCGUGCUAUAGCGGGUACAUGGCCAUCACCACUUCGAUCGACGUGGCCGGCAUAACCAUAUCUGGGCAGUCGUGCGUGUCUUCUAGCUCCUCUCCCUCCUACUCUUCCCCCUCCUACUACUCCCCCUCUUACUACUCCUCUCCCUCCCCCUCUCCCUACACCAACUCCUCCUCUUCCUCCUCCUCAAAGGGUCUCUCCACGGGUGCUGUCGUAGGCAUCGUGGUGGGGGUGCUGCUGCUACUGGUGCUGCUCGUGGGGGGCGGUCUCUUCCUCUGGUUCAGGCACAAGAACAGAGCCAGUGUGGCCGGGCAGACGUAUGGUACCACUGGUGCAGCAGCAGCAGCAGCAGCAGCAGGGGCUGAUCCUGAGGCGAAUAAGGGGUACGCGAACCCGUACUAUGGGGGUGGGGGAAGCGGAGGGGGGAGCGGAGGGGGAGGGGGGAGCGGAGGGAAUGGCAUGGCUGCCCCAGUAGCAGGGGGGUACGGGGGAGGGGGCUCAGGAGGGGGAGGAGGGUCGGGAGGAGCAUAUGGGGCAGCAGCAGGGGCGUAUGGGGCAGCAGGAGUGGGAGCAGCAGCAGGGGGGGCAUAUGGGGCGGCAGCAGCGCCUCAGGCGGGGAUGGGAUCUGGGCAGGCCGUUCACCCCAUGUACAUGGGAAGUGGCAUGUACCAGCAGCAGCCACAUCAGCAAGCCAACGUGGCACAGCAGCAGCAGGAAGAGGGCUUCCAAACAGCGCCACCUGUCUGCCAGCGCUUCGCCCUUGCUGACCUGGCACGGGCCACCGCUGACUGGGCGGAGAGCAACCGCAUUGGCAGCGGCAGCUUUGGUGACGUGUACCGGGGCGUGAAUCCCUACGAUCCUAACGUGCUGUGGGCGGUGAAGCGGGCUCGAGUGCUGACCAAGGACUUCCAACGGGAGGUGGUAGCGAUGGCAACGAAGCACCACCCGCACCUGGUGCGCCUGCUGGGCUACUGCGUUGACAUGAAUCCGGCAGCACAGGGCAGGGGCGAGAUGGCCAUGGAGCAGAUAGUGGUGUACGAGUUCAUGGCCAAUGGGGACCUGGAGCGCUGGGUUGGAGAGGGCGUGCAACAACCUCUCUCGAUGGCUCAGCGCCUUAUCGUGCUCAUUGGGGCGGCGCACGGCAUCGAGUACCUGCAUGGCUUUGGCAUGGUGCACCGCGACAUCAAGCCCGCCAACAUUCUCCUCGACAGCAAGAUGCAGGCCAAGGUGGCGGACUUUGGCCUGCUGAGGCAGAACGAGGGCACCACCGUGGGGGAUACUCGCAUCAUGGGCACACCGGGCUACGUGGACCCCGCAUAUUUCAAGUCGCAGAAGGCCACUCCCAUGGCUGAUGUGUUCAGCUUCGGAAUCCUCAUUCUGACCACGCUGUCGGGUCGCAAGGCGCUCAAGGCGGACGAGAACGGCGACACGUUCAACGUCAGGAAAUGGGCGGAGUCCUUAGUUGCAGCAGGCAGAACAGACGAACUCAAGGACCCCCGGUUGGACGCUCCUGCGGAUUUGAUUCUGCGGAUGGCGCAGCUGGCGCUGCGCAGCACUGCCAUGCCGACCGUGUCUCGUCCCGACAUGGUGCAGGUGGUAUCUGAGCUCUCAGCGCUCAAGAAGGAAUACCUGGGGGAGGCGCCACCUAGGAUGGCGGCUAGGAUCGAUGAGGAGGUGGAGGAACAGAGAGUUGGAAAUCUAGAUGCAGAAAUAGAUAUGAUUGAAAGACUGGCGUUCCAAAACAGCACCAGUGCGAUGAGCAUUCGGUGAGGGUCUUGGAGUAGGUUAGCAGCAGGGUAUCAGUCUUGGAGGUUCUUUCAGAUACAUGAUUUUUACUUGCACCUUACUUUUCUUGCUAUUUUUUAGUUCGUAUUCCUAUCAUGUGCUG